UUUCAAAGAACCAUUUUUAUUAGCCCAAUGGGAACGUCCGAACGAGGAAGACCGGCACUCCGCUAGUCAAAUCUCCGGACUGACUUGCUAUUGUCCUUCACUCCUUCAUCAAUUUCACCUCCUCCGGUUGCAUUGAAGCUUAACCAGACAUGGAAGCCCGCUCUCCAAAGUCUACCUCUUUCGUUUCGCUGCUUUCCAUCUGCUUAUUCUUCACUUCUGUUCGCGCUGCUCCAUCAUUCCUCGGAGUUCACCCCCUCGAUGAGAAGUAUUAUUCCUCCGAGGUCAUAAAAUGCAAGGAUGGUUCUAGAUCUUUCACUAUAGAUCGUCUUAAUGACGAUUUCUGUGACUGCGUUGAUGGAACCGAUGAGCCUGGUACAUCUGCCUGUGCAAGAGGGAAAUUCUAUUGUCGGAAUAUGGGAAGUACACCGCGGUUUAUUUUUUCUUCCCGUGUCAACGAUCAUAUAUGUGAUUGCUGUGAUGGAAGUGAUGAAUAUGAGGGUAAUAUCUUUUGCCCGAACACUUGCGUCAUGGGGGGGAAUAUGUACAAGAGCAACAACGAUGUUUCAACUACUCGAGAUGUUGAUAUAGUCAUCAGAAAAGUUAAGGAAGAAAUCACUAAGGAGGACUUGUUCCAAAAGCUAACUGGUUUGAAGCUAGUAAUAAUCCUACAGGUAGCUCUUACAAUUUUUGCAAUCCUCAUUUGGGCAAACCGUUGUCGUGUGAAAUCUAAGAGAAGACGACACCGUUGAAGCGAGCGGCAAUCGUCAUUCCUUAAUCUUCACUGUAAUCCCAAGCGCUCACAAAGCUCAACACACUGGAUAAAGAACUCCUGAUCCAUUAAUCUUAACAAACCAUGAUAUUUUAGCUGCCUAAACCCAACCUUGGUUAUAUAUAUAUAAAGAUCACAACAACACGAUGGAUUACCUACCCAAUCUAUAUCAAUUUUGUAACAUUUGGGCUAGAUUCACUCAAUGUAUCAUAUAUCAGAGAGACCAAAUCUUGUUACAAUAUUUGUCUUGCACGACCUCAAUAACUUUUGGCGAAGUUUGCAGCCUUUGAUUAUGCAAUGAACCAAAUGAAAGUUGUGUAAAAGUAAAAUCUGGUGUACAUGAAAGAGGGGGGCAAAUUCUCCAAAAAUGGCAACUGGGGUCUCAUUUUCAACCUCAAAUUCAUCCCUUCCCAAUCGAAGAUUCAUGUAAUGUUUUUUACAUAGACUGAGUGAAAAAAUGUGUCAGCUUUUGACAUAUUACAUU